UCAGGGCGGGGUCUCUGCCUUCCCUAUAAAAAGGAGCCGAACCACCGACCGCCUCGCACAGCGAGUGGUUGGAGCAGCGGCGCUGGGCAGCUGCAGUGGGGGAUUUGGCGCUGGGAAGAGCCGGCCGCUGAGGCUAUGGAUUUACUGAGGACUAUCGCGUACCAGCCGGGCAGUAUCGGAGCCGGCGGCGGCGGCGGCAGCGGCAGCAGCAGUAGCGGCAAGAUGGGCGAGCAGACGCUGGGCAAAGCCUGCAGCGGGGAAUCGCGGAGGAAGAAGGUGGUGGCAGCGGCAACCGUGGAUCCUGAGCAGCAGCAGCAUCACCACCAUUCGCACUCGGCCGCUGAGAUCUCUCGGAUUAUUACCGACCCCACUACGGGAAGGAGAUAUUGCCGCGGCAAGGUGCUAGGAAAGGGCGGCUUUGCAAAGUGUUACGAGAUGACGGAUCUGACCACGAACAAAGUCUAUGCUGCAAAGAUCAUCCCUCACAGCCGAGUAGCCAAACCUCAUCAAAGGGAAAAGAUUGAUAAAGAGAUUGAGCUGCACAGGAUGCUAAACCACAGGCACAUCGUGCAGUUCUAUCACUACUUUGAGGACAAAGAGAACAUUUACAUUCUCCUGGAGUACUGCAGCCGAAGGUCAAUGGCUCAUAUCUUGAAAGCAAGGAAGGUUUUGACGGCACCGGAAGUGCGAUACUACCUCAGGCAGAUUGUGUCGGGAUUAAAAUACCUUCAUGAGCAAGAGAUCUUGCACAGAGACCUUAAGCUAGGUAAUUUCUUUAUUAACGAUUCCAUGGAUCUGAAAGUGGGUGACUUUGGGCUGGCAGCAAGGCUGGAACCGCUGGAGCACAGGCGGAGAACCAUCUGUGGCACACCAAACUACCUUUCUCCAGAAGUCCUUAACAAGCAAGGGCACGGCUGUGAAUCGGACAUAUGGGCCUUGGGCUGCGUCAUGUAUACGAUGCUAUUGGGAAGGCCACCAUUUGAAACGACCAAUCUAAAGGAAACUUACCGCUGCAUAAGGGAAGCGAGAUAUUCGUUACCGUCCUCGUUGCUGCCCCCUGCAAAGCACUUGAUUGCAAGCAUGUUGUCGAAAAACCCUGAAGACCGCCCUAGAUUAGACGACAUCGUUCGGCAUGACUUCUUCCUGCUGGGCUUCACUCCAGAGAGGCUUCCAGCUAGCUGUUGUCACACAGUUCCCGACUUCAAUUUGUCAAGCCCAGCUAAGAAUUUCUUCAAAAAGGCAGCUGCAGCUCUUUUCGGGGGCAAGAAGGAAAAAGCAAGAUAUUUUGACACACACAAUCGGCUGGCUAAGGAAGAUGAAGAAAUAUAUAAACUUAGACAUGACUUGAAAAAGACCUCAAUAACCCAGCAGCCCCUGAAACACCGGCCAGAGGAGGAGAUCCAGCCUUCCAACACCACUGUAGCCAAACCUGGCAUGAUAACAGAGACCAAACAAAUAGGAGAUGCUAUCCGAAUGAUAGUUAGAGGAACCCUGGGAAGCUGCAGCAGCAGCAGUGAAUGCCUUGAAGAUAGUACUAUGGGAAGCGUAGCUGAUACUGUUGCAAGAGUACUGCGUGGAUGUCUAGAGAACAUGCCAGAAUCUGACCAUAUUCCCAAAGAACAGCUGACUGCCUCCUUCCAGUGGGUCACAAAAUGGGUGGACUACUCCAACAAAUAUGGCUUCGGCUAUCAGCUGUCGGAUCACACUGUGGGUGUUCUCUUCAACAAUGGUGCACACAUGAGCCUCCUUCCAGACAAAAAAACAGUCCAUUACUAUGCAGAGCUUGGUCAGUGCUCCGUCUUCACUGCUACAGAAGCUCCUGAACAGUUCAUCAGUCAAGUGACUGUCUUGAAGUACUUCUCUCAUUAUAUGGAGGAGAACCUCAUGGAUGGAGGGGACCUGCCCAGUGUAACUGAUGUCCGCAGACCUAGGCUUUACCUUCUUCAGUGGCUAAAAUCUGACAAGGCAUUAAUGAUGCUCUUCAAUGAUGGCACCUUUCAGGUGAACUUCUACCAUGAUCACACAAAAAUAAUCAUUUGCAGUCAAAAUGAGGAGUAUCUGCUUACUUACAUCAAUGAAGACAGGCUAUCUACGACAUUUCGCUUGACGACACUUCUGAUGUCCGGGUGUUCACUGGAGCUAAAGCAUCGAAUGGAAUAUGCAUUGAAUAUGCUGUUGCAAAGGUGUAAUUAAAAAGAAUUCUUCUAAAACCAAAAGAACUUAUCUCACUGAAGUCUACAACGGAGGCAGUUGGAAUAACUAGUAUGUUGAUGGAUGAGUGAGGAGUAGGGACUGGUACGAACAAAUCUCAUCUUGUGUGCUGGGCUGGGACCAGACAUGAAGCUUACAUUCUGCUUGGUUGGAUUAAUGGUGUGACAAGGAAUUCUUUGGAAUGUAGCGUUCCUUGCUUCACUCCCUUUUGAGAGAUAUGAGUAGGACUUGAAGCUCUGCAGCGAACAGUUCUGAUGGAGGACUUAAACUGUGAAUAACACUUGAGGAAUUGGGAGGGAGGGAGAACUCAAUGUUGUAGGAUAAUUGUAAAGGGCAGCUUUGGGGCUGCUUAACUGUGAACUAUGGCCAUACCCUUUUUCCCCUCCUUAUUUCUUCCAAGAACUGAUCACAUUUGUGGCUGACAAAGUGCAUUCCUUGUUAAUAUUUUUUUAUUUAUUACAGCCCAAAGUGAAGUAUUUAUUACACACAUUUUUUUGGAUCCGUGUUUUUAAAUAUACAUUUGUUGGCAAUAAAGAGUGGGGAAAACCUGAA